CGACGCUGCCUAAUGACUUGCCACGCAGAGUCUAGCUUGUCGGUCUGUUCAUGACCCGUCUGAACCCCAAGAACCCCCAACAAUGCUAGUGGGCGAGUGGGCAUAAAGUGGAUGACAUCGUGCGGGGGGGCCUCCACGGCUCGACUUUGUCGCCGACCCCGUGUUUUUAGAUUCAAGUUGGAGUCUAAAUGAGGUGCUGGUGGUGUCGAAAACGGCCAAUGUUACACCAUGCAUGAGGCCCGUUGCUGUGCUGCGGGAAUCGAUAUUCAGAUGAAAAGUUUGUUUUUAGAGGCACCGACGGUAUGAGACAGGUAUUAUUAACGGCUGAUACACGAGGCGCCUCAUCAUUCACCUAACUCCUAAACGCCAUGUUUCCGCUGACUUCCACGUCGACUACCGGACACAUUUGGCUAUGUAUGGUUAUUACUGGUAUGUAUACCCUGGUGAAAUGAACGAAACAAGGCUCGCUAUUGGAUCCAUUUUAUGUCAGCCAAGCCUGGGCCAGUCGACAUGCACGAAACUCUGGUGCCUGCAAUCGUAAUCUAACUUGAGCACCCUUGUCACUGUCAGAGCGAUCAUAGAAAUGAUCACCGGCUAAAAGCCAACAGGCAGGAAACAACCUUUCGCCCUCCUGCGGCCUGCCCCUUUGAGGCUGAUAGUUUACCUACCUACCUACCAACCGUGGCGUACGUGGUGUAGCCUCAACAUGUGUCUGCAAAUCCGGGAUCUGCAAUGUUGCUAAAAACUGUUACUUCCGAUCCAUCCACCACGGCAUGGUCAACCGCGAGAGGGUUGCGAGGCAGCAAAUGUACUCUUUCCAACUCCCCGGCCCUACAUUACAGGGUUUCUCCAUACAGUUGUUCUGGCCAACACUGACCUCAUUGAGGGUCUGACCCCGUAUAAGCCGCCGAAUCCUCCGCUAUUCUCCGCCCCCGACAACCUCUUCAGCUAAUCACAGUGCGGUGUCUUCAUUUCCAGGGGCUACCAGACCCAGAGGCAAUCCAAAGAACGCCCCAAUGUACCACUUGUACCCGGGGACCAGGGGCCCCAAGGCGGUUCCACCUCCACAACCAAGCCCAGGUUUUUCAAGGCGCCGCCGGACAGUAGGACGCAUUGGAUGGAUACAGGCCGAAACGACCGGAGUCUUUGAGGGGUUUUUCUAUCUCCAGUCUCCAGGGAUUCCCUUUUAAAUGUCCAGGCUGCUGCACUUGUCUCGUUCUAUCCAUUUAUGAUAAACGAUCGCCCAUACCAUCUCUAACACUUCCAAAGUUGAGGAUCCUGCCAAUCCCAAGCUCAUUGCCUCGAUCAUAACAACUCAACAAUAUACACUUAUCAUCGAGCUUACAUCUUUCUCUAUAAACACGAGAAACCCUGUUUUACAGCCAACCACAACAUACUAUCCACAAUGGCCAUCCGAGAGCACUUCCGCCGCGCUGUGCGCUCCGACGCUUCAAGCACAAAUAUCGUCGACGCCAACACUCCCGGAAAGAUCACAGCCACCAUGACAAAGUCCAGUCAGAACAGUGACAAGUCAGACUCAUCAUCAAAAUCAUCACUCGUCAACAAGCUGUCCCGUACCUGGACGUGGGGGUCUAAGGACAAGGAUGCCACCAAGGAGCGCAAGACCAAGAACAAGAAGGGAAAGAAGAUCACCCACCCUAGCGAGAAGCCAAUGACCGCACAGAAUCUCCAGCACCAGGAGAUGCUCUCUCACUUCGACUUUACAUUUGGCGCCUCUUGUCCUGAACAAAUUGAGGAGGACAAUUUCAUUGGCAUCAGCCCUUGCUGCACCAGAGCCCCCAGUGUUGUUGACUUCUCACUGGAAGGCGACAGCGAAAGCGAUGAUCAGACAUCUUCCUCGUCUUCCUCCGUCAAAUCAUCGUAGGCCGUUUCCUGAAAUGGCAAGGUCAGUGAUAAUGGAUGGACGGCCAUGCGGGCUCGCCGAUUGUCGAUAGCGGCGAAUCUUGGAAGAGUUCUAGAACACCAGUUUCAACGCCUGCCACUGAGAGCCCGCAAAGUCACUGAGGCACACCAAAUUAGGUACCUCCCUUGGAAGAUCCUCCUGGAGCGUUGCAUUUUAUGUAUCCGCCAUCGUGGCACGACUCUGGAAGCCGUCUCUGUUCACGACCAUAUCACCGAUUGGGGUGAUGCAACCAUCUCAAAGAUCAGCCCCUGUUCCCACCCAAACAGGAAUAACAGCUGACGAUCUGAGCAACACCACCUCGAAACUUACUUUUAAUCAUUGCAUUAGAGCAUAACAACAAAAGACACCAAAACAAAAGCAGUGCGCAUUGGCUGUCUUUCUCACCGUCUUCUCCUGACGACGGUGUUUCGGGCAUCGAAGGAAAACCGCAUGAAAUGAUUUGAAACGCCACGACAUGUGUGGUUUGGAAUAUAGCAUAUUGAAUUUAGCGACUGUCUUGAGGAGUUUUGCAUAUCAUUUUGGUCGUGCACUGGGGCAAAUAGACCAAGAGGCGUUGGAUUGAAUAGACCAAUAAAAGUCUACUUGUUUUACAAUCAAACAUCUUCUCCUAGGUACUUGUGCCAUUUGAGGUUAAACUUCAACGGCAGCUUUUAACAAGUCAUGGUCGGCCAGAAAUCCCUGAGUUGGCACAACAAUCAGAUCCAUUGGAAGAGUGUUUAUGUCACAAUUGCGCUGCUUUCAAUACGACCUAUGCGUUAUCCGUGGCCAAAUAAGCUUUAUUCCAGCCCGAACAAAGAGCAGCUCCUUUUGUUGUAACACAGGAUGUUUCUGUCAGUUCACUGACAUCGAGAUCCCAUAGGUCAACAACCAGGCACCAGAACAACCAUAUAACAAAGAAUGGAACUCGCUUACACGCUAGGUAGACAUAUGCCAAGCACUCAUCUAGAUACAAAAGAGUUGAUGCGUAACUUGACAACGGAAAUUCGAUGUAACACAGAGCAAACCAUGAAUAUAUAUAUACAUACUGUCGGUGCACCAA